ACAAGAAUGUUCAUUGCCUCAAUCACUAACUUAUCCUGAUGUAGAAUCAAUUCUUUCAAAUGAUGGCUUCUCUAUACUGCAUUACAGUAUACUAGACAACAGUUUGGCCCUCUGGGUUUUAGCAAAAGACACAAUGGUGCUCAAAGAAACAGACAAGAAUCAGUUUGAUACUGCCAUGGAAACAUUGCWUGAAGAAGAGGAAAGCACAGAUGAAAACUCCAUGGAUAAUUUCUUUGCUGAUACUGUAAGAAGAGCAUAUGAAAUGAUGAAAAUGGAAGAUAGCUCAGCUUGUGAAAACAGAUCUCUUGAUGAUUGUGUUAGAAUAAAAGAUCACACCUGUGACAUAAGUUCAAUGCAGUCACRUGGUGAWRGUACAAGUGAAGAGAGCCUCACUCAACAAUCAAACCYGCUGGAAAUGCUGUACAAUUGUUUAGUGGCUCCUGUCCUAUCAGACGUACGACACAAUGAGAUUGUCAUAGUGCCUGAUGGACCAAURUAUAAAGUACCGUUWGCUGCCCUCAGGGAUCCCAAUACAGGACUGUAUUUGUGUGACAAGAAACACAUUCRUCUUGCGCCAUCACUAGCAGUAUUGAAGGCUCUUAAUGAAUGUCCAGCAGAUCAUCACAGCCAAAAAGGAGCUUUAAUUGUAGGAGAUCCCASUGUUGGAGAAGUUAUGYUCAGAGGCAAGAAAAAAACAUUUGCACGUUUAUCUUCAGCAAAUYGGGAAGUCAGCAUUAUUUCUSGUAUGCUCAGACAAAGGGCACUGACUGGUGAACAAGCUACCAAAAAUGCUGUGUUGGAGAAAUUGAAAGAKGGAUYAGCGCUCAUUCACAUUGCUGCGCAUGGGAGCUCUGACAAUGGUGAAAUAGCCUUAGCACCAAAUGUUUCUCCAGAAAGACAAGGAAUACCAGAAGAGMAUGACUACCUGUUGACAAUAAAAGAAGUCCAAGAAAUUGGCAUCAAAGCUCAACUUGUUGUGCUAAGUUGUUGCAACAGCGGUUGUGGAAAGAUCAGAGCUGAAGGCAUGGUKGGAUUAAGCCGUGCUUUUCUUGUGGCMGGAGCUCGUGCUGUUGUGGCAUCAUUAUGGGCCAUUGAUGACAUAGUAACUUUAACCUUCAUGUUAAGUUUUUACCGUUACAUGACUCGAGGUGAAAGAGCCAGCAUGASCCUACAUAAAGCUAUGCAUGAAAUAAAAAAAGAAUACAGGGAUCCCAAGUACUGGGCCCCAUUCUUCCUAAUUGGUGAUGAYRUCAWCCUCCCAGAAGCAUUGUAUGAAUAACAUAUUAUUGUACUCGUUGCAAUGUUAUACCCAGAGUCUACASUUCUCUUGACCAGGUUAUGAUCACUAAWAAUUCAUAAGGUAAACAAAGGYAAAUCAUUGCUGUGRYCUCAUCUUURUAUGAGCAAGAGAUUUGUCCUGAUUUGCAUACGACUUUAACUUCGAUUUUCUCUUACAAAUGAUAUUUUAUCCUGAAGGUUUUAGGCAAAAUAUGCUUUAGCUUGUGUUGGAAUUUGAUAAGCAAUAUGCGAUAUUCACUUCUGACCUUUGUCAGGGUUGCUGCUUACAGUAUUAAACU